GGGCGCGCGCUGGAGCUGCGGGCCGCGCGGAGUUGCGCAGCGCCUGAGAUCCCACAGGGUGGGCGGAGAGGCUGCAGCAAGACCCUCCGGGUAGCCGACCCGAGAUGCCACCCUAGACCUCUUGCGCCCCCACGCUGAGCAGGAUGCCCACGUCCAUGAGCCCAGACAGACAAUAACUUGCUCAUUGAGGUUUAUGAUCCGCGUUCUGCACACACACGGUGUGGGAGCAAUCAAUCCAGCGAGGGAGAAAUACUGGAACUGGGAGAUGCCAUUCAAAGGGUUUACAUUUCAGCAGCGGAAUGAGGGAAGAGUAUGGUUUGCAGACCGACAUCUCUGAGAAACAAGCUGGCGGGGACGAUCUCUUCCCAAAUUUGGAACAAAUAAACGAUAAUACGCUGGAUUGACAAGUCUGUGGUCUGCUCACUGCUGAGAAUCUUGCAAGCUCCUUUUUCCAGGGUAAUUGAAGGAGGAGAAUUUACAAACAGAAAGCUGAAACCCAAUAUCACGUGGAGGUUUGACAACAUCACUCAAUUCCUUAGGAUCUGAACGAUCAGACUUUGAAUGCACACAGAUUGUUCUUUCUUUGGGAGAACUGGAAUAGCACAGACUGGAACAAGUACGAACAUUGCACUUAGCAUUGCGUGUGGGGGAAGAAUCUUUAUCUGGUUGUCCAACCUGGACAGUAACACUGACACCAUGAAAAAACAAUGGAAAUGUGAGGAUUGUGGUAAAGGAUUCAAAUAUUCAUGCCGGCUGGAAAGUCAUCGCCGUAGUCACACUGGGGAGAAACCCUACAUUUGUUCCACGUGUGGAAAGAGAUUUACUCAAACAAUGUCCCUGAUGUCACACCAGCGAAUUCACACCGAGGAGAGGCCCUACAGCUGCACUCACUGUGGAAGGAGGUUCCGGUAUUCUUCCACCCUCACUGCACACCAGCGCGUCCACACAGGGGAGAGACCGUUCACCUGCUCAGUGUGUGGGAAGGGAUUCACCCAGUCAUUUGUUUUGGUGAGGCACCAGAGAGUUCACACUGGGGAGCGACCGUUCAGCUGCUCCGUUUGUGGGAAGGGAUUCGCUCGCUUAUGCAGCCUCCAGUCACAUCACCGAGUGCACGGAUCCGAGGGGAAGCCGUUCAGUUGCACUUGCUGCGGAAAAAGGUUCAGGCAUUCUUCCACCCUCACAGCACACCAGCGCACGCACACUGGGGAGAGGCCCUAUAUCUGCGCCGUGUGUGGGAAGGGCUUCACUCAGUCGCGGUACUUACUGACGCACCAGCGAAUUCACACCGGGGAGAGGCCGUUCACCUGUUCCGUGUGCGGGAAGUCAUUCACUCAGUCCUCUCACUUGCUGUCACACCAGCGAAAUCACACGCAGGAGUGUCCAUUCAGCUGCGCUUCCUGUGGGAAAAGGUUCAAGCAUUCUUCCACGCUUGCAGUGCACCAAAGAAUCCACACUGGGGAGAAGCCCUUCCCCUGCACUUACUGUGGGAAAAGGUUCAACAGUUCGUCCACCUUCACUGCACACCAGAGGAUUCACACCGGGGAAAAGCCGUUCGUCUGCUCAGAGUGUGGGAAGGGAUUCGCGCAGAGCUCUACCCUUGUGAAACACCGGCGCGUUCACACUGGCGAGAAACCAUUCACCUGCUCUCAGUGUGGGGAGGGAUUCGCUCAGUCGUCUCACCUCGUGAGACACCAACGCAUUCACACUGGGGAGAGACCGUUCACCUGCUCCGAGUGCGGGAAGGGAUUCACUCAGUCGUCCACCCUGCUGGCACAUCAGCGGCUUCACACUGGGGAGAGACCGUUCACCUGCUCCGAGUGUGGGAAGGGAUUCACUCAGUCAUCCAAGCUGUUGAUACACCAGAGGCUUCACACUGAUGAGAGACCAUUUCAGUGCCCAGACUGUGCAAAGCGGUUUAAAAGUUCUGGGGAACUGAUGUCCCAUCAGCGUGUUCAUACUGACGAGAGACCGUUCAGGUGCUCUCACUGUGCAAUUGGGUUCAAACGAUCAUCUGACCUUACGGUACACCAGCGGGUUCACACUGGGGAGAGGCCGUUCACCUGCUCCCAGUGUGGGAAGGGAUUCACUUCCUCAUCCACCCUGCUGAUACACCAGCGCAUUCACACCGGGGAGAGGCCCUUUAUCUGCUCUGAGUGUGGGAAGGGAUUCACUGAGUUAGCCAGCCUGCUGAAACAUCGGAGUACUCAUAGCGAGGAGAGGCCAUUCACCUGCUCCGAGUGUGGGAAGGGAUUCAGUCGGUCGUCUACGCUGGUGACUCACUGGCGGGUUCACACGGGGGAAAGGCCUUUCAUCUGCUUCAGCUGUGGGAAGACGUUCACUCAAUUAUGCAGUCUGUUGAGACACCAGCGGGUUCACACUGGGGAGAGGCCAUUCACCUGCUCAGAUUGUGGGAAGGGAUUCACUCGAUCAUCUACCCUGAUGAAACAUCAGAAAAUUCAUAACUAACUUCAGUCAUUGGAUUUUGCUGUAAUUCACAUCCAGGCCUGUGUUGUGUUCACUUGUGUACAUUUCUGCUGGUGUUAAUAAACUCCAGUGCAUUUACAGGGCUUAUUAUUGUGGAUAAAGGUCGAAUAAAUAACGAUGAUUUAAAUUCA